GCCUCGUUCCGCCAUUUUAGUCCGCUCUCUCCGGCGGAUCCGGCGCGUUUCUCUCUCCCCUGAACCCCUAAACCCGCUCCGCCGCCGCUCCGCCGGGCGAACAGCUUCGUCUCCACUUUACUGUCAGAGCAGUGAAUACGAUGCCGAGCCAGCCGCUGCGCGUGGCGGUCGUUUGCUCCAGUAACCAGAACCGCAGCAUGGAGGCUCACAACAUCCUGAGCAAGCGCGGCUUUGACGUGCGAUCGUUCGGGACGGGAACCCACGUGAAACUCCCUGGGCCGGCUCCGGACAAGCCAAACGUGUACGACUUCAAAACCACAUACGAACAGAUGUACAGCGACCUGGUCCGAAAAGACAAGGAACUAUACACACAGAACGGUAUUCUGCACAUGCUGGAGCGGAAUAAGCGCAUUAAGCCGAGGCCGGAGCGGUUCCAGAGCUGCAAAGAGCAGUUUGAUUUGGUCAUCACAUGCGAGGAGAGGGUGUAUGACCAGGUGGUGGAAGAUCUGAACUCUCGGGAGCAGGAGACGUUCCAGCCCGUACACGUCAUUAACGUAGACAUACAGGACAACCAUGAGGAGGCCACACUCGGAGCGUUCCUCAUCUGUGAGCUCUGCCAAUGUAUCCAGCACACUGACGAUAUGGAGAACGAAAUAGAUGAGCUGCUGCAGGAGUUUGAGGACAAGAGCAGUCGUCCGUUCCUCCACACGGUCUGCUUCUACUGACCGCUUCAUAAUCUCACGCACACACACACACAUAUAUGCACAUAAGAGCCCCUGCGGAACAUAAACGACAUGCGUAGACAUAAGAAGACGCUCAGAGUCUCCUGGUCUGAACGUCACCUGUGCUGGUCUGGUCACUCAGUCCAGAGACUUCAGGCUCACCGCUGUUGAGUCCAGUUUAGACUUUAACUGCUACCGUGGCCACCUGGGGCCGUUUCAUACAGCAGGGUUUCUCAGUUCUCUGGAUAUUUGGAGCCUAAGCGAGGAGUAGAAGAGCUGAGGGUGUUUUUAAAUAAUUACAGUAACAGUGGCGACUUUAUUUAUAUGCACAGCCGUACAUGCAUCUCAAACUGCUUCGCUCGGUAUGAAAUAAUGUAAAUAAGGACGAGUGGCAGAAUGCUUCAGCAUCAAAAUAAACAAGCACCCUGGACGGUCCUCCCUUCUGGCUUUCUGAGAAACCCUGCUGUGUUGAAUGUGACCUGUUCUGUGGGGUGUUGGACAAAGCAGGACGAGUCAGUUAGCUGGUAGUUUAAGCCAGAAGUCAGGAGCGGCCAACAGGAGAAGAGCUGAGCACCGACUGUAGUUGGUCAGAGCUCAGUUUAGGAUCGUUCAGCCGGCUGUGAAAUCCUUUGUGAAUUGUGCCCUGAAAUAGUACAGCCAGCCCUACAUUCUCACACAGCCGGUCACACAAACACACUGACACCGUUCAGAAGCCUGCGCGCGCACACACACACACACACACACACACACACACAUAUGCACGCACACACAAAAAAAUCAUGUUUUUUUUUCCUUUAUGUCCCCAAACCUAGAGCUGCCAUUCUGACCCAGCGUGUAGACGAGGCAGUCGUGAGGAUAAAUGCCAUGUUUUGUUGAUUUUUCUAACGUCCUCUACAGAGAACACGCUUAAAAUAAGGCGUUUAAUUCGCAACGUCUAAUAAAACACAAGAAUUUUUAUAUUUUAGGUCCCCCCCCCCCCAGAAUGUCAAAUUGAGCAGAUUUCUAUUAAUAUAAUAUGAACAGUAAAUGUGUGUUAGGAUGUGCAGGAGGCCUCUGUAGAGGGCGUGUUUACUUAUUCACGCGUAGCGAUUAACAGCAAUGUGGUUUAUCUGGGGCGCCCAGACUUCUGCACACGACGGUGUGAUAGAUUCUUCUGUUAAACGUAUUUCCUGCGUCUGAGUGGGCGGUUUCCUAGCCCCCCCUGCUCCUCGGGGGGGUCGCAGUGUCCGAGUGAACCAGUGUGUUAAAAACAUGUUUCUACUUGAAUGAUGAUGAUGAUGAUGAUGAUGGUUUCUCUGUAAUUCCUAAUUUUGUUUAUAGUUAUUUAAACCUUCUUUGACUUGGAAAAUAUUCAGGAUGUCUUUGUUUUUUUGUAAAUUGGAAGCGAGCCUCGUUAAGCGAAGCGCCAGUCCGGAGUGCCUGAUCUUUGUGUAAAUACUGUGCUGAAAAUAUAAAAAUAAACCUCUGAAAAUCAACA